AUGCCAUCGUGCCCCUUCUCCCCGCUCUUCGCCGCGCUGCGCGUCACCAACCCAUCCUUCUCCUUCGCGGGCGCCGUCGACCUGCUGGCCAACCGCAGCAGCCUGCGCAAGCUGCUCGGCUUCGCCAGCGGCCACGCCCCCCAGACGCAGACGUUUCGCAUCGACGCCACCCUCGUGCGCGACAACACGCUCGUGCUGUUCCGCCACGACCGCACCCUGCGCGAGGUACUUCUUCCCGGCGCGAAGAAGCGGCAUGAGGCCAUGAGCUACGGCCACGGCUUCGAGGCGGCUUUCACGGCGCAGGAGGAGCCGGCGCUGCGGCGGCAGCAAGCCCGCGUCGGCGGGCAUUACCGCACGAUUGCGUACGAGCUGGGCGCGCUGAGAUGCGUCGUCCAGUGCGAGGUCGAUGCGUGGUACGACGAAGAGCGAGGCUGCCCGGACGACGAGCCGGCGGCGGCUGGUGCGCAGUCCAAAGGCGAAAAGCAAAGGGAUGAGGACGUUGCGGCACGACGCUCUGGGGUGUCUUCGACCGCUUCGGUGACGUCGGCCCCGUCGGCGGCGGCUCAAAACAAGACCCCUCGACGGCCGAAAGGGAUGCGGAAGAGCUCCUCCUCUGCUGCCCUCUCGGUUUUGGACGGCCGUGUAGAGCAUCAGCCGUCGGCCCAACAGCUCGCCGAGCUCAAAGUGCGCCGCAAAAGCCCGUUUCGCACGUUCAAGACCGUUGCGCAGAUGUGGCUCGGCCGGACCCCGUACCUCAUCAGCGGCCUUCACAAUGAGGGCGUGUUCAGUAUGAUCAGAGUCGAAAACGUGGGCGAGAGGUUUUCUUCGUGGGAGAGCCUUCACCAAGAGUCGUUGAAGAAGCUUGUGGCUGUCAUCACGGAACUGAAAGAGCUCUUAAUUGCGCAACGACAGAAUAUGUCCGGGACGAGUGGUGGGGGAAGCCCAGCAAGUAUGACAUGGGGAAUUGUAUUCGACCACAAGAAGAAGCCUGCAAGACUAUCGGUAUAUGAUUUGACAAAGAAGUCGAAGACAUUUUCUGUUCCGCAGGAGGAUGUGGAGGCGUUCUGGCCAGAGCAUUGA